AUGACUAACGAAAUAACCUCAAAUUCUAUUAAAGAAUUAGAAGUUAACCACAAAAAUUUCUCCAGCGCUUGCACCGUUCUAAUCUCUUUGUACGAUUCGACAAUACGAAAAAUUGUUAAUUCUUCCGUUAACGCGUGUUUGGCGCCUUUAUGUUCAAUUGAUGGAAAACACGUGAUUACUAUUGAGGGAAUCGGUAGUUCACAUAAUCCACAUCCUGUUCAGGAAAGGAUCGCGUUGUUACAUGGUUCACAAUGCGGAUUUUGUACUCCAGGAAUCGUUAUGUCCUUGUACGCGUUACUUAGGAAUAACCCUGAGCCGUCAAAAAAGGAAAUCGAAGAAUGUUUUGAUGGAAACCUAUGUCGGUGUACUGGCUACAGACCUAUUCUCGACGCGGCAAAAACUUUCGCAUCCGUUUCAAAAUCUAUAUCAUGCGAGAAUGAAAUCGGGGAUGAAAAACGCGUCGAUUCAAACGGUUGUGAUGGUAACAAUACACAAGAGAAAACUUCGCAGAAUAAAGGAUGUGGACGUGAAAAUUGUUGUCAGCUCAAUAACAGAUUUGAAGAUUUCGUUAUCUUUGAUGAAUUCCCAAAGUAUAAAUUAAAACGUUAUGAUCCGUCACAAGAGCUCAUUUUCCCGCCAUCACUCAUAAAUCGCGUCCCCAAACCAUUAUUUUUUAUCGGACGAAAAACGAAAUGGUUUCGACCAAUAAAUCUUGAUCAAUUGCUAGACCUCAAGCGAGUAUAUCCGAAUGCAAAGUUGGUGUCAGGAAAUACAGAAAUUGGAAUUGAAACCAAAUUCAAGAAAUUAAAGUACCCAAUUCAGAUAUAUGUUGGGGAGGUUAAAGCACUUCAGAGUUGUGAAUUUGGAGAUAAUGGCUUAACGAUCGGAGCAAAUAUAACUCUCUCUAAAUUUCAACAGGUUUUGCAAGAUGCUUGUAAACGUUAUAAGUCGCAUCAAACACAAGUUUUCCAAGCUAUCCUCAGUAACCUGCGCUGGUUCGCCGGAAACCAAAUCCGCAAUGUUGCCACACCAGCAGGAAACAUUGUUACUGGCUCUCCAAUCUCAGACCUGAAUCCAAUCUUUCUCGCAACAAAUACGCUCUUCACACUAACUUCAUCAUCAUCAUCCGCUACCACUGAUUCCAAUAACAAUAAAAAUCGACGUGUGAUACCCUCAGAAUCAUUUUGGAUUGGCUACAGAAAAACAAUAUUGACUGAACAGGAAAUCUUGGAGCAAAUUUUUGUUCCGUGUUCAGCCGAGAACGAGUUUGUGAGCGCAUAUAAACAAGCAAAAAGACGAGACGAUGAUAUUGCGAUAGUUAAUGCCGGAUUGAGAGUUGUACUUGAUAAAGAGCAUUUUGUUCAAGAUAUUUCUUUGGCGUUUGGAGGAAUGGGCGGUGUCACUUUGAGGGCUACACAGGCUGAAAGUUUUGUUAAAGGGCGUAAAUGGGGCGAUGAGAAAGUUCUUCAAAACUUGUUAGAGACAAUUUUACAAGAGUUACAACUAAAUUUUUCUGCACCCGGUGGUAUGGCAUCAUAUCGUAGAUCUCUUGUCGCCGGCUUUAUUUAUAAAUUUUGGCACGAUAUUGGGACAAAAAUUGGGUUAUAUACUAACAAAAAUAGUAGUUGUAUUAUCGAAGAAUUAACAGAAAUAAUUGAGCGUGAGAUUUCUCAAGGUGUACAGAGUUUUGGACGACCAGAGGAUGGAAAGAACCACGUUGGAGAGUCUAUUCCACAUGCAUCAGCAUUGAAGCAGGUGACUGGGGAAGCUGUGUAUCUUGAUGAUAUUCCCAAGGCACAUGGUGAAUUAUAUGGAACGUUACUGUUAUCGCAAGAACCGCACGCAAAAAUCUUGAGUAUUGAUGCAUGUGAAGCCUUAGCGCAACCAGGCGUCCGUGGAUUUUUCUCGGCCAAAGAUGUCCCAGGAGAAAAUAAAUGGGGUCCUAUUUUUCACGAUGAAGAAGUGUUUGCUAGUACAGAAGUUUAUUGUGUUGGACAAAUUAUUGGCCUUAUAGUGGCCGACACGCAAACAUUAGCGCAGGAAGCCGUAAGACUUGUAAAGGUAGAGUACGAACGACUUUCUUAUAUAUUGACUAUCGAGGAAGCAAUCGAUAAGCAAAGUUUUUUCUCAAUGGAUCGACAAAUUGUUCGAGGAGACGUGGAUAACGCGUUUAAAGAAGCAGAUUAUAUAUUUGAAGGAAGCUCUAGGAUCGGUGGACAAGAACAUUUUUACUUGGAAACGCAAGCAUCUUUGGUAAUUCCAAAGCCUGAAGACCACGAAUUCGAAGUACACGCUUCAACACAACAUCUUACAGAAACCCAAAUAGUCCUUUCUUCUGUACUGGGAAUUCGAGCCAACAAGGUUGUUUGUCGGGUGAAAAGAUUAGGUGGUGGUUUCGGCGGAAAAGAAACUCGUAGCGUCCCAUUGACUGCGGCAUUGGCAGUUGGGGCUUGGCAUCUGAACAGGCCAAUUCGGUGCAUGUUGGAUCGCGAUGAAGAUAUGGUGAUCUCCGGGCAACGGCAUCCUGCUUUGGGACGUUGGCGUAUUGGUAUGAGCAAGGAUGGUAAAAUAAAAGGACUUGAUUUAGAUAUUUACACAAAUGGCGGAUGGUCUUCGGAUUUAUCGUCUGCUGUUCUGGACCGCGCCAUCACUCACGCCGAUAAUUGUUAUUAUAUAGCGAAUAUGCGUAUUAGAGGCAAAAUUUGUAAAACGAAUAUUCACUCUAACACAGCGUUUCGCGGGUUUGGUGGGCCUCAAGGAAUGAUGAUUAUGGAAAAUAUAAUUAAUGAAGUAGCUGAUUCUAUGGGCAUUAGUGUUGAUACAUUGAGAGAAAUUAAUUUAUACAAAGAAGGUCAAAAAACACACUACAAUCAGCUUCUUACCGAUUGGCAUCUACCACAAUUAUACCAACAACUAAAACAAACAAGCGACUUUGAGAAAAGAAGACACCAAGUUGAUUCGUAUAAUGCCAGUCAUAAAUGGCGUAAACGUGGGUUAGCGUUUGUUCCGACUAAAUUUGGACUUUCUUAUACUGCUUUGCAUUUGAAUCAGGCUGGAGCAUUAGUUCAUGUUUAUCUCGAUGGGAGUGUGCUUGUUAGUCAUGGUGGCGUUGAAAUGGGCCAAGGAUUACAUACUAAACUCCUGCAAAUUGCAGCUGAAACGCUUUCGGUUCCUCUAGAUCAGAUUCAUAUAAUGGAAACUUCGACGACUACAGUUGCCAACAUGUCUGCGACUGCUGCCAGUGUAUCCAGUGAUAUAAAUGGAUACGCUGUUGCAGAUGCAUGCCAAAAGCUUGCAGAGAGAUUACGACCAUAUCGAGAAAAGACACAAAAUGCUACCUUUAAAGAGAUUUGUCAAGCAGCCUAUUUCGAUCGCGUCAACUUAUCCGCAAACGGAUUCUACAAGACUCCCGACAUCGGAUACUCUUUUGAAAAAAACGAAGGCCAAAUGUUCUACUACUUUACGAUGGGUGCUGCGGUGACUGAAAUCGAAUUAGACCUCUUGACCGGUGAUCACACAAUACUUAGGACCGAUUUGUGUAUGGACAUUGGGAGAAGCUUGAACUACGCGAUUGAUAUCGGUCAGAUUGAAGGAGGGUUUGUUCAGGGUGUUGGAUGGUGUACUAUUGAGGAGAGUUUGUUUUUCCCGAACGGACAACUUUUUACACGGGGUCCAGGGAAUUACAAAAUACCUGGUUUUAGGGAUAUCCCCCAAGAUUUCCGUGUUAGCACAUAUCAAGGUACACAAUACCCUCACCUUAAAACUAUUCACAGUAGUAAAGGUGUAGGUGAGCCACCAUUGUUCCUUGGAUCCUCGGUGUUCUUUGCAAUUAGGGAUGCCAUCAAAGCUGGAAGGCAAGUAAACUUUAAUAAAUAUCAUAAUCAGUAUGGUUAUUUGGUACAAGCAAAUUCCAUCAACGAAAUUGUGACACUUUCAUCUCCAGCUACACCAGAACGAAUUCGUAUGGCAUGCAUUGAUCAUAUUUCGAAAGCUGCCUUGGUUUCAAGGAAGGAGGGUGAAAAGCCUUGGAAUUUGAUGGCUUAG